GUUAGGUGAAGGAACGAUCAGAGGUCUGUGUGAUCAGAGCACAUCCGGGAACUUACAGUGUUAGCAUUAGCACAGGUCAUCAUGCUCUCCUCAGCAAUAAGGAGGACUGUCUUGCGUGGUGUUCGGUCUCCCCGGCGUCCAGAUGGUGCGGUCUCACUGCUGAGCCGGUCUUACCGCGGCGACGCUCCGGACACAGAGCAGUUCGCCUUCAGCCUGCCCCCGUGGGAGGAGAAGAAGAACGAGCCGCUGGACAUCAAGAGAAGGCGUCUGCUGUACGAGAGCAGGAAGAGAGGCAUGCUGGAGAACUGCAUCCUGCUCAGCCUUUUCGCUAAGCAGUACCUGGAGAGCAUGAGUGAAUCCCAUCUGCGUCAGUACGACCGUCUGAUCAACGAGCCCAGUAACGACUGGGACAUCUACUACUGGGCCACAGAAGCGAAACCUACCCCAGAUGUCUAUCAGGGAGAAGUGAUGGAGCUGCUGAAGGAGUUCACUAAGAACAGAGAGAUGGAGCAGAGACUGGACGCCCCGAGCCUGGAGUACCUCGACACACACAGGCGCUGAGGGGUUUAUCCUCCUGGUGAUGUGGCUCAGAACAUGCGCCUGGUGGAAGAGUUUGUGUGUGUGUGUGUGUGGGACUGAGUAUGACUGAGACUAAGAAAUGAUGCUUGAUGUGAUUCGAGUCAGGUGUGGAGAGUGUGUGUGUUACCUGUACAGUGAUUAUAAUGUGGAGCUCUAUAUAAUAAAUGUUUGAUUAAAGAUGAUGAUGAAGAUGA